UCUGACUUUUCAGGAAGUGUCCCACCACAACCGUAGGCGGAGGAGUCGACAGUUCAUUCUAGCUAGAAAGUAAACAACUAACGUUAGACACACGGCUAAGGACAUGAACUGAUAGUAACUGUGUAUCACGAAGAUUGGAUCGCGAUUUAAACAGCGGGACUGUAAUGCCUGCUGGUCAGGACUGUAACCAUGCCCGUGUUACCUGUAGUGCCUGAAGUCCAGAGUCAUGUGCUGGCUGAGUUUGACUGUCUGGACCCCCUGCUCUCUGCCCUCCGCCUGGACUCUGGCAGGCUUAAGUGCACCUGCCUGCGAAGUAUUCGAGGAAAGUGCACUCGGCCAGGGAUCAAUAAGUGUACUGUUUCUUCUAUUCCAGAGGGAUCUAUCACUCAGGUGUCAUGUUGUCCACAUGAUGAAGACUUUAUUGCUGUGGCAACAAGUCAGGGCCUGGUGGUAGUGUGGGAGCUUCAGCUGGAGCGUCGUGGCAGACCAGAGAGGGUCAGUGUUUCCUGGGAACACCGUGGCCAGACGGUCACCUCUCUCUGCUGGGACACUGCAGCCCUCAGGGUGUUUGCUGGGGACAAGGGGGGCAAGGUGUCCUUCCUCCGCGCUGGAUCCUCCAAACUCGGAAAGGGCUCAGCGUUUGUGAUCUUCCCCAUCCAGACCAUCACUACUGUGGAUUCCAGGGUGGUUCAGCUGGGUUAUCUGGACGGACGACUACUUGUGUCCUCUCUCAGCCGCUGCUACCUCUGUGACACGGAGAGGGAGAAGUUCUGGCGUGUCGGUAACAAGGAGCGUGAUGGGGAGUACGGAGCGUGUUUCUUCCCUCUGAGCCGUGGCGUGACUGCUGGCCAACCUCCUCUGCUGUACUGYGCCAGGCCUGGGUCUAGAGUCUGGGAGGCCAGCUUCAGUGGAGAUGUCCUCAGCACGCACCAGUUUAAACAGCUGCUGGCCGUACCAUCUGUACCUCUCAUCAGCUACAGAAGUGAGCCCCAUUACAACCCAGCCCAGAAGAGUUCCCAGUCCAUAGCCUUCCCCAGACUGUUAUACUUUGGGGAUCAGAACCUGCUGACCUGGACAGACUCGGCUAUCUAUGUCUUCACUCCUCAGAGUGGCCAGGUACUGCUGUGGACCGAGGUCAAAGACGUGGUUGAGAUAGCGGUGUACCGCAACGAGGUGUUCUGUCUCCAUGGUGACGGCCGCUUGUCCCACCUCUCGCUGUUGUCUGUGGAGCGGUGUGUCGACAGGCUGCUACGCAGGGAGGCGUGGUCUCUAGCGGCCACGGUCUGUGUGAUGUUCCAGCAUGCGAUCGCCCCCAGCAAGGCCAGGAAGUCGAUUCCCAUCGACCGACUGGAUCACCUGAGGUCACAGCUCAGUGUGACCACUCACCUGGAUCUGAUUGGCCAGCUGGAGGAAGUAGUCGCCAAGCUGGAGCCUCUCGACUCCGCCUCCAGCAGUCGCAGGAGCAGCAUCUCCUCUCAUGAGAGCUUCAACGUCCUGGACUGUGGCAUCUACCGUGUCAUCAGCCGGCGAGGCAGCCAAUCAGACGAGGAGACCAGCUCCCUGGUCAGCCAAUCGAUGCUCGAGGAGGAGCGGCUGAAGGAGUUUAGCUUCGUUCAGGAGGAGGAGCAGCAGCAGGGGGCGGAGCAUGAUCCCCAGAGCGGUGGUGGUUUGGAGGUUACUGAACCCAGCGCUAACCACCAGUUCCACCUCCCCCUGUCAUUCCGCCCCAAACACUCCCGCAUCGCCCUGCAGGCCGUCAGAGACAGUGUCUCCAGUUUUGUGAAGAAGACUACUGAGAAGAUCAACACUCUCCAGAUGAACUCUGACCUUUGGCCACGUCCCCCUGACCCGAAGGACGGGGGUCAAGGACAUGUGGAGGCCGUAGCUACCACCGUACCGUUCCCAGAGGACGUUGACCACGAGGAGUGUCUGGACCAAGGAAAUGCAGAGACUGAUCUACAGGACCUGAUAACAGCUACAGAGAAAGGACUCUCUCAGAUCCAGGAUCCCUUGGUUCUGUUGGACCCAGCCUGUCUAAUAGAAACUCUACAGGAGUGGAUUCCUGUGUUGGAGAGGGUUCUAGGUCCUGAGCCGGAUCUAGGUCUGGGAAAGCAGAGUCCAGCUGGUGAGGGUCACCCCGGUGUGAAGGAGACGGAAGAUGCUGCAAACUCUCCAGAGAAUGUUCAGUCUGAGAUCCCCUCGAGCUCUCCUGAGGAACUGACAAAGGACGGCCAGGAGGAAGGGAGGACAGGAGAGGAUUCCCCACAGCAAAAUGGAGGACAAGAGGACCAGAGGGAGGCUCAGGACCACCACAGCCCUGACAAGGCCUCCGCUGAGGAGAACCUGAGGGUGUGGUCCCCCAAACCUCUCCCCCCAGACCUCCAGGCUCACCUUACCCAGCUGGCCACUCUGUACCUAGAGCUGGACUAUUUUGGGGACCCUGUUGUCCAGAAAGAGAGGGGUGUAGUAGGGGUCAAUGCAUUCUUGAGACGGUUCUUCUUCCUUCUGGACCAGGAGCGGGUGAGGAGGAUGUGUCUACUCGGCUACGGGGACCAGCCUGAGGUCCACACCUCCUUCAUGGAGGCCAUGCUAGAGCUAACCCAGUCCAGUAAGGUGGUAGAGGUGAUCCAGAAAGGAGACCUGCUCAAAUCUCUACGCUGUCUCAGAGAACUACAACCCUGGAGCGCUCCGAUGCUCCUCGCUCACCUGCACAGGUUGUAUGAGAAGCAUGGAGAGUUAGCAGUUCGCUCCUUCACCCAGUUCUACCCUACAAUCCUCCCCUCUGACAUCACAGCCAUGGCCAAACAUAGCCACUUCCUGGCUUACCUAGACAACCUUGUUCAAUCAUGGGCCGAGGAACAAAGACUGUCGUUCCUUGGGUCCCUCCUCCAACCAGAGACUCUGCGACAGGAUUGGCUGGAGCUGGCCCUUACCCACGAUGCACCUCAAAAGAGCGACACACUGACCACAGACGGACAACCGAGAUGGCACUCCCAUUUCUUCAGCUGGGGUUAUGGUCGUCUCCUGGCCCUCCUGAUCCGCCUUCCAGCUGACCUGGCCUCCAAACAGAAGAUGUCUGAGACAUGCAGGAGCCACGGGUACUGGACUGGCUAUGUGUACCUGUGCUGUGAGCUCCAGCGUCGUACAGAGGCUUUCUCUACCAUCUGUAGACUGGAUGACAUGAGUCUGCUGGAGGAACCCAGUGGCAUGGUGCCUCAGACCAUGGAUGAGUGGAAGAUGCUUCUCCAGCUGUCUCAGCAGUGUAGUAACAGCAGACCGACUGACCAUAUCCCAACCCCGGCUCUCACCCCCUCCUCGGCUCUCACCCCCUCCCCGGCUCUCACCCCCUCCAAUCCUCGACUUCGUCCCGGGUAUCAUAGUCCUGGUAUCAACCAUCACUACCUCUGUCUCUUCUCAGCCACACGGAGCAGCUCACAGACCAGGGUGGAGUGUGGCCCCAGCUCCAUGUCCGACUGCAUCCCCACCUCCUGUAGGGCCCAAGGGCCCGGUCGGGGCCCACAGCCCGGGCCAGACGCAAGACCAGGUUCUCUGGAGUCCACUCUGUCUGGAUAUGAAUGUUCCUGUCUUUCUCCUGUCUACCCCAGGGCUCUGAUCCAGACCAUGCUGGAGCGCUGUGAUCGCUUCCUCUGGUCCCAGCAUGCUUAGCGAGACAACACCAACCAACGCGCCAAGCGGGUCCUCAACCAACGCCAUUCAGAACAACUAUUACGGACAACUGCUAUGGGGAGCAAUGUUGGGGUCAAUUCCAUUUCCAAUUCAGGCAGUUAAACGGAAAUUUAAAUUCCAGUUAUCCACAUUGAAAAAGCAAUUUAAUUGACUGAAUUGAAAUGCAAUUGACCCCUGAUCUGAUCCAGAGCCGAUCUGAUCCGAAACAAGUUAAAUUACCCUUAAUGUGACCACAAUGCUUACUAACUACUUUUUAAACUGGGCUGUAAUCAUUUAUGUUGUACCGUUCAUGACUACUUUUUAAACUGGGCCAUAAUAAUUUAUGUUACACCAUUCUAGAAUGCGACUCUGUUUGACCUGGUACAGUCAAGACAGACGACUGUAUUUAAGUUGUUAUAUUUUAUAGUUGCCAAAAACCCUGCCUUACCGAAGAAAUAUGGGAUUAAUCUUAUGAAUUAUCUGAAAGUAUUGUUUUUGAAUUGUAAGGUCCUCGGAUGCUUUUUCAAUCCUGAUGAUGGUAUAUCUGACUUUUGUUAUUAACGACGAUUCCCCCCUUGGGUCAAACUACUGCGAAAUGGUUAUAAAGCACCUGAAAUGAAUUGUUUUGAAGACAAUUGUGAAAAUAUAAUUUUAUUGAAAUGCUCUAAUCUAUUAAUAUAAUAUUUAAUGUGAAUAAUAAAAUAUAUGAUGAUGA